AUGAAAAUUGCUACCUCAUCAUUGUUGGCUCUAAGUGCCACGCUAAUGGGUUCAGCUUAUGCUGCUCCAGCCCCAAAAGCUGGAGCCAUUGCCAAUACAGAAGAAUGCACUACAACUGCUAAAAGCUAUCAUGCUCAUCAUCAGCACAAACGUGCAGUCGCUUAUGAUUAUGUUUACGUGACUGUCACUGUUGACUCGGCUGGAAAUACCGUGUCUCCAACGGUUGAGGCGUCGCUUGAAAGCAAAAACAUUGACUUAGCAACCUCUGCUUCAUCCUCUUCCAGCUCUUCGUCAUCUCCCUCCACAACCAUUGAUGUUUCUUCCAGCGCCAGCUCGUCUUCUACCUCGAGUUCGAGCUCAUCUUCAGGUACUUCCAGCUCCUCUUCCGGAUCCUCCAGUGACAUAAGUGGUGAUUUAUCUGCCUUCUCAGAUCCAACUGAGAAAUUUGAGGAUGGAACUAUUUCUUGUUCCAGUUUCCCAUCUGGUCAGGGCGUGAUUGCAUUGGAUUGGCUCGGAUUUGGUGGAUGGUCUGGAAUUUAUCACCCUUCGGACACGUCCACCGGUGGUUCAUGUACUGAAGGCUCCUAUUGCUCAUAUGCAUGCCAACCAGGUAUGUCUAAAACCCAAUGGCCUUCUGAUCAACCAUCCGAUGGAAAAUCUGUUGGUGGUCUCUACUGUAAGGGAGGUAAACUUUACAGAAGCAAUCAAGAUUCUGACUACCUUUGUGAAUGGGGUGAAAACUCUGCGAGAGUCGUUUCCGAAAUUGACGAGUCUGUUGCUAUUUGCAGAACUGAUUAUCCGGGCACCGAAAACAUGGUAAUUCCAACUGUGGUCGAAGCAGGCGGUGAGAACAUUUUGACCGUGGUUGACCAAGAUACAUACUAUCAGUGGCAAGGCAAAAAGACGUCAGCUCAAUACUACGUCAACAAUGCUGGUGUGUCAUACGAAGACGGGUGCAUUUGGAGCGAAGCUGGCACCACUGUCGGAAACUGGGCACCUUUGAACUUUGGGGCAGGAUACACAGAUGGUAUUACUUACUUAUCAUUGAUUCCUAAUCCGAACAACCUGGAAGCAGCCAAUUUCAAUGUGAAGAUUGUUGCUUACGAUGACGACAGUGAGGUUUCUGGAGAGUGCUAUUAUGAAAAUGGUUCCUAUAAUGGGGAUGGAGAUGACGGAUGCACAGCUUCCGUCACUAAGGGUAAAGCUAAGUUUGUCCUUUACAACUGA